UGUCCAACUAACCCAAGCAGAGACAGCAUCAAAACCAACGAGUAGCAUUUUCACUCGCUAUAUUGAUCAACUUUGAUUUUAUAAAUAUAACGCGGGGGGGACUGAUAACAUUGAACCUCGUUUUGAUUGGUAUAUUUUGUUUGAGUGGAGGAGGCUAAAGCGAUUGUUUUCACAGUACAAAUAUAUUCGAGAAGCCAAGGGAACGAGGGAGCGAGUGACGAUUAUUGUUCGCGGUUAAUAUGGUGGUUUAGUGGCGUUUCGCGGAUCUCGAUCAAGCAGGAAGCACAAAAAAUAUUGCUGGACAAGUAAACGUGAAUUGAAGCAGAGUGAGGGAAAGAAAAAGUAUCCAGGCAGGAGGAGGGGGAUAAAGAGGGAGAGAGAGAGAGAGAGAGGGAAAGAGGGAAAAAUCAGUCGCGGGAAUAAGUAAAUCCCGUCGACUUAUAAGAGAAUAAUCGUCGAAAAAAAUAUGUCUAUGCAACAAUUCUGUUUACGAUGGAACAAUCAUCAGCCAAAUUUCAUAUCCGUCUUCUCGUCGCUGCUGAACAAUGAGACUCUGGUGGACGUUACUCUGGCCGCCGAGGGUCGCCACCUUCAAGCUCACAAAGUCGUACUUUCGGCGUGCAGCACAUACUUUCAGUCCCUCUUCACCGUCAAUCCCUGUCAGCAUCCUAUCGUCAUUCUCAAAGAUGUCAAAUUCUCCGAUCUCAAGAUCAUGGUUGAUUUCAUGUAUUACGGCGAAGUCAAUGUUUCCCAGGAUCAAUUGCCCUCGAUAAUCAAGACUGCAGAAAGUUUGAAGAUCAAGGGCCUCGCGGAGAUGCACACAGCUUCUCUGACAAAGUGGCAGAGUGAAACCGGUGGUGUCGAUCGUGGAGAGUCCUGUUCUCCGAGUCCUUCCCCCUUGUCGCCCUCUUUCCGUAGGAAACGUUUGCGCAAAGGAUCGACCGGUUCGACUUCCGGAGGAUCCGCCGACAAGACCGAAGAGAUCAACGAGAUCACAUUAGUCGCUACGAAUAUCGUUAAACCUGAACCUCACAUCGUGCCCCAAGAGGCUAGCGAACAUCUCAGACGUCCGAUCAACGCUACGACCGACACGCAAGGCAGUAUCGACGAGGAUCAAAUAUCAAUAAUGAGCAACAUGGAAAGCAGCACAACGACGACACCGGCUCAGAGCGAAGGUUCUUUGCAAGAAGUCGGCCACCAAAGUGGUAACGUCGGUCACGGUUCCGUGUCUUCUCAUCCUCCGGCUCACCAAGGAUUGCAAUGGACAAUAAUGGAGCACACGUAUCCGCGUUUCGCUCUGUCCUCGUGUCAAACGAAUCUGUCGGUCCAAGCCUCGUCGGCGUUUACGACACCCGAAAUAUCAGCGACAUCGAGCAUCAGCGAGCAUCAAUAUCAAUCGGGUGGUGGCGGUGGUGGUGGUGGUGGCGGCGGCGGCGGCAGCGGAAGUAGCGGGGGUACGGGUACGUCGACGCCCGGGGGGCCGAUUUGUGCGUUGACCAAUUAUCCGGAUUCACCGAGCCAUGGUUCGAUGCAGCAGCAACAGCAGCAACAGCAGCAACAUUCGUCGAAUUCGGGAGGAGGAAUCGGAGGUAGCGGCGGUGGGAACGGCGGCCAGGGUAGCGCCGGUGGACAAUCCCCAGGACCCACUCAAUGCCCGAGCAAUUGUCAAAGUCCUUGCGCGAGUCCGCAGGCUACGAUCAAGAGGAAAAGAUCGACCAAUCCUCAAGCGGAUGAAAACUUCAUUCGGGCACUCGAAGCGGUUCGUUACGGUGGUAUCGGCUUUUGUAAAGCCGCUCGAAUGUUCGGCGUUAACAAUCGUACCUUGUGGCUCGAGUACAAAAAACGUGGAUAUCCGAACAAUCGUCCCAGCUUGAAAUCCCGUGUCAAACAAGAAACAGCCUCGUCGCCACCCCCACCGCCAGCUACUUCUUCACAAACCGUCAAUUCCCAAAGUCCAACCCCGAUGGGACCACCAACGACGCCUCACACGACACACAAUACACAUCCGACGCACACGAUGCUCACAGCUCAUAGCCCGCACGCCAUGCUCUCCGGAUACAUCGACAGCAGGCACACCGAUUAUACAUUACCAAGCUCCACCAUGCCCAUUAAUUUACACGGUGUCAAUUACAAUUCUAUGUGAGCCGAGCUACUACGUUCCGAUCAAUAAUUUCCAUCAUCAUCAUCCUCAUCAUCAUCAUCAUCAUCAUCAUCGUUUACUGCUAAUUAUCGUUUUUUAUUUCCUUAUCGUUAGACCGCGUUUUUCAUCAUUUAUUACGCCAUCGACACUAUACUUUCGUACAUCGAAUGUGCAAAAAGAACGAUAUUAUUUAUCUCGGUGAAUGGAUCAAACGAAAUCCGCAACUAACCAUUAACUUGGAUUCUUCUUACUAUGUAUAAUUGUUGUUCGUAAACCAUUGUUCAUCAACCAAUAACACACCUUUAUUUCUAAACACAUACGAGGCUUUUACCCAUCAGGCUAUUUUUAUCGCCUCUCUCCACCCGACUCAAUGUAUUUUUACGAAAAUUAUGGUUACAGAGAAAUGAUUUUGUCAUACCCAGGGUUCGACUCGAGCGUCGAAUUGAUUUAUCGCAUUGGAUUUCUGGGAGCCUCUCUCCCGCUUCAUAUUUCAUUUCUCGUGACUUUCUAUUUAUUCGUUCGCUAUGAAUGAGCCUUGUAACAACGCUCGACGCGCAAUCUUUUAAAAAAUUAACUGAAAGUCGUGCCGUCAUAUCGUACAUUCGAAAUGUCAUUUUACUUUCGUUAGCUUUUCGAGAAGAAAAUCAAAAGCGCGAAGACUCGAACAAGCGCGAACGAUGGAAAUUAGUCAUUGAACGUCGACGGUUCCAGUACACAUUGCUUCGAUCAUUUUUCCAUUUUUUGGUGCUGAACACUGUCAGGAAGCGAUCCAACAAGAAUAAAAAAAAAAAACGAACAACAAGAUUUUACAAGGACUCGACCCAUCGGUUUUUUAUCUUAAUUAUGUUUUAAAUAAUUUACCGAUCGUAGUGGAGAAAGCUUCGGAUAUUGUUCACAUUGUUAAGUCAGUUAUCAAUUUUAUUCUAUUAUCUUUCUUCCGUGAAUAUAAAUAUGGAAUUAAUACUUUGACAAAUGGACUCGAAACGUGGUUACUAUGAUUCAUGUGUCGAUGUAUUAUUUGUGGAUUUUCGUACCGGAGUAAUACGCUUUGGAUAGCUCGGUGCUACGAAGUGAGAUAAAAAAUGAAAUAUUUUCCAUCGAGAAUAAGGACGCUUUAGAACGUUUAGUUUAUCAUCAACGUUUCUUCAAAUUUCGAAAAGAUUGUACAAAGUAUGAGGAAAAAAUAGAGCAGCAAAAAUUGAUCAUCGCGAUAUCGGAAAGCGAUGUCGCUCGCGCACGGGUGCACUUUCGUAAUGGUCAUUUUUUCAUCGGUCUAUAUAUUGUCGUUGUUCCGAUUCGAAGCGAAUUGAUAAGUACACUUGAGGGUAAACACACGUACACUGGUGAAUAGCAAAAAAAAGAGAGUGUUUUGAAAAAAUGUAUCUCAACUGGAAACAGAAGAGUGUUGUACAUAGCUGCAUAAAUAUAUAGAUCGCCGUUC